UCUUGGUUUCGCGUGGGUUAAACUGUAGUGCUCGUUCCGCGUCUUUUAUUUCUUCCUGGAUAGUUGUGUCCGGUAGUUAGUUCAAGGCCUGGUGGAUACGCUUGAGCAUGGGGUUCAGAAUGGCCCUUCAGAAAUGAAGCCCCAGAGGAGGCUCCGGGAAGGGAAGGGGUGUGAGGUCUCCGGGGGGAGGGUAGCUGCGCCCUAGCGCGGCGCCGGGAAGGAGCACUGGGGGCCAACGCUCUGGACGCCUGAAGGACAGACCUUUCCGACUCGGUAAGAGUUAAUUAGCAUCGGUACCGCGUUAUGCAGUCAGUAUCAGGAUGCAAAAUAAUGCCCUCAGACUAAGCUGGCAAGUGCACCUGAUGGCCGAAGACAGCACCCGAGACGCCCGGCCGGGAACGGGGCCUCUCCAGGAGGCCCUCAGGGCACUGCUGCCCCGCACUAAAGAAGAACUGAAGUUGGACCUCAGUGACAGUGUGCAUAGGAGUGUGCUCAUUCUGUUGCAGCAAGCCACCAACCUCUUCUAUGAGGGCAGAAGGAGCGAGUGUCUGCAGACUAGCGAGGCACUCCUUGACUACUCCUGGGAGAAACUCAAUACUGGGGUGUGGCGGGACGUGGGCAAAGACUGGCGUCGGGUUUAUUCCUUCAGCUGCCUUCUGAAAACCAUGUGUCUUUGUGAAACACCUGGGGACACUGCCAGCGUGGCUACAGCCCUGAAGGUCUGUGACAUGGGCCUGCUGAUGGGGGCAGCCAUCCUUGGGGACAUCCUCAGUAAAGCCGCUGCCGUCCUUCAGUCACACCUGCUGUCUGGAAAAAGGCCUGCCCAAGGCCCAACCCAGGAGCAGCCUGGCACAAAGAAAGCCAGGAAUGGCCACGCUUCGAUUCCAGAUAUAAGGUCAGAAGAAGCAGUUCCCCGGCUUCACUGUCCAUCCCUCCAGUAUUUCAGGGAACAUCAUUUGGUUCCACAGAGGCCUGUGAUUUUAGAAGGCGUGGCCGACCACUGGCCAUGCAUGAAGAAGUGGAGUUUGGAGUAUAUCCAGGAGAUUGCUGGCUGCCGCACAGUCCCGGUGGAAGUUGGCUCCAGGUACACAGAUGAGGAUUGGUCCCAGAGACUCAUGACGGUCAGUGAGUUCAUCAGCAGGUACAUCCUGAAUGAGCCAAAGGACGUCGGGUACCUGGCCCAGCACCAGCUCUUUGACCAGAUCCCGGAGCUGAAGCAGGACAUUGGCGUCCCUGACUACUGCUGCCUGGGCGACGGGGAGGAAGAAGAGAUCACCGUCAAUGCCUGGUUUGGGCCCCCGGGCACUGUCUCCCCACUUCAUCAGGACCCCCAGCAAAACUUCCUGGUGCAGGUGCUCGGGAGGAAAUACAUCCGGCUGUAUUCCCCACAAGAGUCAGAAGCUUUAUACCCUCAUGAUUCGCACCUUCUUCAUAACACAAGCCAGGUUGACGUGGAGAAUCCUGACUUGGAGAAGUUCCCUGGGUUUGCUGAGGCCCCAUUCCUGUCCUGUGUCCUGUCUCCUGGAGAAAUCCUGUUCAUCCCUGUUAAAUACUGGCAUUAUGUCCGAGCCCUGGACUUGAGUUUCUCAGUCAGCUUCUGGUGGUCCUAGCCAGGACGAGGGGCCUGCUCUGUGCCCACAUGGCGUUGGGUCCUGGAAUCUGGAGACAAGUUGCCUGAGCCUGUGUCCUGAAGAAGCCUUCACCGGGGGCCAGGCUGUGGCACUGGCCGGCACAGCGGAGUGCCCGGGCCAGCUGUGUGCAUCGGAGGCAGGCAGGGGAGGCCCCGAGGGGCAUUCCAGGCCACACUGUGAGUGGUGGGCAUGGCGAGGCCCGAAGGGUGUGGGAAACAGGCAGGCGGCCUGUGCUCUGACAUUGGCUGCCUGGGUUUAAAGCCAGCGCCGUUGCUUCGCUGCCGCGUGACUUUGGGCAGGUGUGUCCGUGUGAAACGGCAGCACUGCCCCUCAUCACAGAGGGUUUGAAAGGGGAGCAUGCGCAGAGCCCCUGCUGCUCCCCAGCCCCGCGACUGAAGAGAGGCAAGCAUAUCCCAACCGCUGACACCAAAAACGUCCCAGGCUCCUACUUACUGGGAGACUCACUGAUUAGUGACAUUUAUGCAGCCUGUGUGGAUUUGACAACAUUUGUCACGCCAGGGCGUGAGGUAAACAGUAAUCUGUUCCAAAGCAGUCAAAAGAAAUUUUAAAAGCUUGUUGUAAACCUUUAAAAAAGUACAAUUUUACUAAUACUCAAAUAUAGGCAGUUAAAGCUACCAACUAAAUUAUAGCACCAUUUUUAAAAUAUAUUUUAUUGAUUAUGCCAAUACAGUUGUCCUAUUUCCCCCUUUCAUUCCCCUCCACCCUUUCCACCCCCUCCCUCACCAUUCCCCCCUUUAGUUUAUGUCCAUGUGUCACAAGUUCUUUAGAUUCUAUAUUUCCCAUACUAUUCUUGCCCUCCCCCUAUCUAUUUUCUACCUACCAUCUAUGCUACUUAUUCUCUGUACCUUCUCCCCCCUUCUCCUCCUCCCACUCCCCUGUUGCUAACCCUCCAUGUGAUCUUCAUUUCUAUGAUUAUGCUCCUGAUCUAGCUGUCCUCUUAGUUUGCUUUUGUUUUAGGUGUGGUUGUUAAUUGUGAGUUUGCUGUCCUUUCACUGUUCAUCUUUUUUUAACUUCUCAGGUAAGUCCCUUUAACAUUUCAUAUAAUAAGGGCUUGGUGAUGGUGAACUCCUUGAAUUUGGUCUUAUCUGAGAAGUACUUUAUUUGCCCUUCCAUUCUAAAUGAAAGCUUUGCUGGAUAGAGCAAUCUUGGAUGUAGGUCUUUGGAUUUCAUGACUUGGAAUACCUCUUUCCAGCCCCUUCUUGCCUGUAAGGUCUCUUUUGAGAAAUCAGCUGACAGUCUGAUGGGGACUCCUUUGUAGGUGACUGUCCCCUUAGCUCUUGCUGCUUCUAGGAUUCUCUCCUUCAUUUGAAUCUUGGCUAAUGUAAUGAUGAUGUGCCUUGGUGUGUUCCUCCUUGGGUCCAACUUCUUUGGGACUCUCUGAGCUUCCUGGACUUCCUGGAAGUCUAUUUCCUUUACCAGAUUGGGGAAGUUCUCCUUUAUUAUUUGUUCAAAUAAGUUUUCCACUGGUGGCUGUUCCUCUUCCCCUUCUGGUACCCCUAUAAUUUGGAUGUUGGAGCGUUUAAAGAUGUCCUGGAGGUUCCUAAGCCUCUCCUCAUUUUUUUGAAUUCUUGUUUCUUCAUAUUUUUCUGUUUGGUCAUUUUUUUUCUUCCUUCUGGUCCACUCCCUUGAUUUGAGUCCCAGUUUCCUUCCCAUCACUAUUGGUUUCCUGUGCAUUUCCCUUAAUUUCAAUUAGUUUAGCCUUCAUUUGUUCCUUUAAUUUGUGACUAAAAUCAACCAAUUCUGUGAGCAUCCUGAUCACCAGUGUUUUGAACUGUGCAUCUGAAAGAUUAGCUAUCUCUUGGUCACUUAGAUUUAUUGGCUCUAGGGCUUUGAGCUGUUCUUGAGCCAUAAUGUUUUGGUCUGUCCGCACCUGUUACAUAUAAGGGGCAGAGCCUUAGGUGUUCACCAGGGCAGGGCAACCCAGUUCGCUGGGUUGUGACACUGUAUGUGGGGGCGGGGUCAGAGAGGGGCAAGGGCAUUCUGUCCCCUCUGCUGCUUCUUACGAGCAAAGUGGGCCCUUCUGGUGCUGGUUCCCAGAUGUGUGGACCUGUGCACCCUCCAGGACCCUGUGGGUCUCUCCAACAAACUCUUUGUGAGCCUGGGAGCUUCUUCCGGCACCUCGACCUCAAAAGCCUUUCCAAUUGGUGCUUUCAGACUCUAAUUCCCAUUGCUCGGGCCCUAGCCUGAGCAGUCUGUCUCACUGCUCGCUCCUUUGCCUGGCUUAUCUGUGCGCAAAUGUGUGACCGUAGUCACCCAGCCACUGCUUGCGCUCUUUCCUGUCCGACCCCACUCCACCACUGGCUCCACCCCUCUUACCGGUCUGGCUGAAUGGUUCGUUGUUGUUGGAUUUCCAUACAGUUCAGUUUUCUGUGUUUUGGCUGAUUUUUGGUACUAAAACUUUGUUGUCUUUAAACUUGGUUGUGUGAGAAGGCACAGUGUUUCCACCUACACCUCCAUCUUGGCUGGAAGCCUAUAGCACCGUUUUUAAAACUCAGACGCAGCGCUGAGGGGGUAAGAUGUCCUGCUGGCAGUUUAGCUCAACAGAACCUCAGCAGAAAUGCACAGGGUGGGUUGCUGAUCCGCUAACGGAUGCCCACCCUAAGGACACACCAGAGCUGGUCAAACACACACACGUGACCAUCACAGCUUCACUUGUAAUAGCAGGUGUUAAGGGAAAAGCUCCAUUGUCUUCAUCACACAAAAUCCUCUUGGAAUACUGCUGACACCUGGUCACCAGAUGUGUGGGGUCCACAGCAAGCAAUUCUGCAAUGUCAGCUAGGUGUCAAAUGAUUUACUUCAAUUCUGACACUGUCCACCUGGAGAGUGUUACAUCCCACAGGUUAAGGGCUCAGUCCCACAAGACCUCUGGGCCAGACAGCCUUUGAGGCACCGAGAACAAGAGUAGGACAUCUGGGGGAAGCAGGGAGAAUCCAACACAUUGGCAGUAAUCAUGGUGCUGGAGGCUGGUGGGAGCCAUGUGAGAUGGUCACAUGGAGGACAAAAAAUUGGAGCAGGGACAUCAAGGCCAGAGGUGGGUCUGGAAGGAUGCACAGGAGGUGGAGUGUGGGCCCAGAGGUGGAGGGCAGCUCAAUGCAUUUGGGGACUGCAGGAAGACAGGGAUAUAGGACAAAAUUAAAGGGGUAGCAAGAGUCUAGGCUGUGUAGACUGACUGCCAGGCGGGCUAGGGCCCACUUGGUUGUGACAAACCCAGCUCAGGGUAAUUUACGCAGAAAUGCAGCGAAGCAGAUGCAUUGGCUCCGUAAUGUACAGGAAUGCUACGGGAGGAAGCUCAGGCCUCCCCUGCCAGGCUUCUCUCCCUCCCUGCCAGCACCUCCUGGUUUGGCUCAGGCUUCACUCUCCAUCUUGCAGGUAGGCCUUCUCCGGAGAACAUGACCCCAGCUGGUCAAGUCCAUAUCCUUCCAUGCCAGGACCCCUGGGUAAAUUCUGACCCCCCACAGCUACCCUGGGUAACUAGGAGAAGGAUGUGUGAAAGAGUGAUGAUGGUAGAAGCUGAAACUAGCUGCUAAUGUAACCAGGCCAUGGCAUUUGAAUUUUAGCACAAAGAUCUUGGAAUCAGAGCAGGCUUGGAAUACACACAAAGCUGCUGGUGGUGGGGAGGCUGUGGAACUACAGUGAGUGAGCACAGGUGGGCAGUGUGCAUGG